UGGCAGAAGAGUUCGGCAACCGUUCAGCCGAGACACAGAUAUCUCGAGAUACGUUUUGUGAGCGGAGACGACUUGUUUGGAGAGAUUCAACAAUUAUUUUGUACGGAAUCCGAGUCCAGGCGUUGGGUUUUGCCGGAAGUGAUCAACUUUUUCAAGAGUGUCUGUUCGGCGACCGAUGAAAAUGGGUUUCAAUUCAAACUAAUUCAAAACGGAUAUAUCGAUGACUAUAUGAAUACAGACAACGCGUGGAAAGAGGCGAAGGUUUGGCACAUUCACUACGAGUGUCGCGAAUAUCUUAAGAAACGUUUUGUCGACAAAAGGCUUAACUGGAGAUUACUGUCGGACAAUUGGCUGAGACCCCAUCCCCUUAAUAAUAUAGAUCUAAGCGAUUCAAUGGCCAAACUGGAGGGCAAUAUUUGGCUGAAAUAUCUUAAACCCGUUGGCAUACUCUCCAACGGCCAGAACAUACCGCCCAUUAUGACCGUCGGGAAGAAAGCGCCGAUACAUAGAGUGGUUGCGUACAUUUCGUCCGGACACAGCGAUGAUAUCAUGAGACCAAACAUGAGUCCACAGCAGCCCUGGAGGAAUGUGAGCGCCGACGCCGACACAAUUGAUCCCAUGUUAGGCACCGCGAAGACGGCGAACGCGAGCACUAGUUUGAGUCCCACU